AUGGCAGACGGCCCUGGAUCCAGUCCCAGUCUCAACAUCCCUUCCAAGAGGCCCAAAGUCACCAAGGUCCAUGUUGUUCCAGACGCCGGGGCCGCAACGCAGGAACCCACGCCACCAGUUUUCACCCGUAAACUCCGCAAGGCAGCUGUAGGAACAGGCUGUGAUAUCCGACUGAGGGUUUCGCUGGCAGGAUUUCCAAAACCUUCGCUGACCUGGUACCACAACGAGGAGCACCUUCCUCCGUCAGAGGCCCAGGACUCAGGGGGACUGUGGAUACGGGACUGCCGCACAAGCGACGCUGGCUUGUACACCUGUGUGGCGACCAAUGAGCUGGGAGAGGCAAGCUGCAGUGCUGUCUUGGCCAUUAUGGACCUUGGUGAAGAGAACUGGGCAUUCCACACGGACAUUUGGCAGAUUUACCCAUGCGAAGUUUUCCGCUCCUGCCGAAAGCAAAGCUAUGACUCUGAGACCACAGAGGAUGAGACCACAGAACCUCAGAUGGAAACCAAAGGAGGGCCCGGGAGGCACCAAGACAAGGCCGGAGGGAGAGGACCUUCAGGUGAGGGAGGACGGCUGAUGGACUAUAACCCAGAUGCUUCAGAUCGCAGGGCCACCCUCCCUGGCGCCUAUGACCCUGUGGUGGAGCGAGAGCUCCGCACUUUGGGCUCCCGCCCUCCGGGGCCCCACUUGGACCCCACAAACCCAGCCAGGCAAGCUCUCGGUGGGGGUCCUGCUGAGGGGGCCCCCCCUGUCCGUCACCUGGGUGUGGAACCGCUGAUCCGGGCGUCUCACGCUAACUUGGCCCGGCCUGUUCAGGGGACUCAAACUGCUGACGAAUCACAGGGGCUCUCCUCCCGUGUCCCCCUGUCUUCUCCCCAGCCACCUCCCACUACACACAAAAACAGCAUCAGUACCCAAAACCAAGACCUGGAUAAAACCAAACCUUCAGAUUCCUGCUCUUCUAAAGCGGAACAGUCGGCUAAUGUUAACAGUAUUACUAUGACACCCAAACUGGCUCGUGCAGGGCCCAAGAUCUUUGACAAGGUGCGCGCUUUUGAGGAACGAAGGGCGAGCGUGGAUCUGCCAGGAGGAGUCGGGUCGGUUUCAGGGUUCGGACGGGCAGCUUCCUUCGACUCGGACGACAGCGGAAAGAAGACAGGAGGCCCCAGCAAAGAGGAGGGCCGAAUCCUGCAGGGCGCAGCUCAGAAGCGAGCAGUGUUCAAGCAACGGGCCUCUUCUUUAGAGGACAAGACGAGCUACUCCCAGAGGGUCCAGAGCUACCAGAGCAAGUUCGCCGAAGAGCUCCAGAGGAUCAAGAAACUUGUGGGGAAACCGAGCUUGAAGAAGGCAUAUUCCACUGAGCAGCUGUCACAGAAAGAGAGGCUGACCACUGGAAAACUAGAGCCCAUUCCUCCUCAAGUGGUUAAAAAGUUGGAGGCGAGGGAGCGAGCCUUGGAGGAAAGAAAAGUUGGAGGGAGGGAGGGGGACAGCAGACUGCAGAUUUCUCCCCAGGCCCCAGGCAGAGAUCUGGGCAAUCAAAGUAACAACCCUGUGAAAGAUAAGAUGACACAGCCAGAUUCACAGGGGAAAGCAGUGGACAGCUCAUCGCAGGGAAGCACAGGGAAAAGCUCUGUUACCAUGGCGACGGCACCAGUUCACCAGUUACCAGGGCAACCGUUGCCAACAGCCACAAGGACAAGCCUGACCAGGGAAAAACUACAAAGCUCUCCAGCUGCUGACAAAGACUCACUUGUUGCCACAUCCCACAAAUCCUCAUCAUCAAGAGACCUGGGGACGGACUCAAAGAGAGACACCAAGAUGGACAACAAGACAGACCACAGAUCCAACAGUCCCAACGGAAAGAGAGCAUCCCAAGUCACUGUGAGGGAACUAGGGUCCCAAUAUCCACCCAAGCCCCCUCGGCUCACCCCAUCACCCACUCCUUCCAUCAGCCCCCUCCUGAAAAGGAGGAAGGCGGAGGUGGGGCGGGCGUCUCCGGCCUUGAAAGUGAACAUCCCCACUAUCCUGGUGGAGGAUGAACCCAUGGAGACGGAAUGUGUUGCAGACAGGAGCAACGAGGAAAGCAGGACCAGGAGGAAGGAGGGGAGAGCGCGUAAGAGCAGGAGAGGUCGUUCUGCUCACCCCCGGUCUCCAGAGGAAGGGGGCUCAUCCGAUGACUCUUACCUGUCUGCCGACGAGGAGCCAGCUGAGGGCCCGAGGUUUGAGAGACCUAUUGAGGACACCACGGCACCCAGCGGCUCGGAGGUCACACUGAAAUGUAACAUCACUGGUAGCCCACCCCCCACAGUGACAUGGAGGAAGAAUAAUGUGGAGAUACGGAGCGAUGCCUUCCAUGUGGUGAAAGCUGAGGGUGAGAGGCACAGUCUGUUGAUAAAGCAGAUGAGGCCGACCAGCGCCGGCUCGUACUGCGUCACAGCUGUCAACGCAACGGGCAGAGCGUCCUGCAGCGCCACGCUCUACAUCCAGUCAGAGCCAACCCACAUGCAGUGUGGAAAACCAGCUGUUUCCCAGGAAGUCAGUCGUCCGGCCCAGUCAGAUGAGGAGUAUCUGAGCCCUCAGGAGGAGGCGAUGGAGGUCGGGGACUCGCCUGCUCCGAGCAAAAGCGUCCACUUCAAAGAGCUUCCAUCGUUUCAGGUGGCACCAUGUGACCAGGGGAUAACUGAGGGUCAAGAUGUCAUCAUCUCAGCAAAGGUCAGAGGGCAGCCCAAACCCAUGGUUUACUGGUUGAAGGACAGAGUCACCGUAAAGACGGCGGGGCGCUUCGCUGUGCAGGAGACGGAUGAUGGCACCACAGAAAUGAGAAUCAGCUCAGCUCAGAGGUCGGACGCCGGGCUUUACGUCUGCAAGAUCGUGAACAAGUAUGGCACCGAGCAGGCGGAGUGCAGAGUGGAGGUCGUAUCGGCUGCAGCACAAACACUGAAAAUCACUAGGGAGGUGAAAGACGUGGCGGUGAGGGCCGGAGAGUCGGCCAUGUUCGAGUGCUUCAUUACAGGGCCGCCAAAUGUGGAUGUGGACUGGCUGUCCGAUGGGAAGCUGAUCCAACCGGCACUCCUCAACUGUAAGAUGCACUUUGAUGGAAAGAGGUGCCGCCUGCUGCUCAAUUCAGUACACGAGGAUGAUAGUGGGACAUACAUUUGCAAGCUAAGCACUGCCAAAGAGGAGUUGACCUCGAGCGCAGACCUGUGGGUCGCUCCGUCCAAGGAGCCUCUGUUCACCCGUAAACUGGACAUCCUGGAGGUCAUUGAAGGUCGCACCGCCCGGUUUGACUGUAAGGUGAGCGGGUCACCUGCUCCACGAGUCACAUGGAUGCAUUUUGAGACACGAGUGGAGGAGAGCGAUAACGUUCGCAUCCUUCAAGAGGGAGGUCGUCACUCGCUUGUCAUCACCCACGUCAGCAGCAGCACAGAGGGCUUCUACACAGCAAUCGCUCAAAAUGUUCACGGAAAGUCUGAAUGUACCGCUGAGCUCUACAUGCAAGAACCCCGAGCUGCCAUCUCCUCUCACAUGGCCAAGCUGGAGAAGAUGCCAUCCAUCCCCGAGGAGCCUGAAAUGCUGGAGAGUGAGGUGGAGAGGAGGACCAUGCCGGACUUCGUCAAGCCUCUGGCUGAUGUGGAGGUCAUUGAAGGGAAAGAGGCGAUGCUGAAGUGCAAGGUGGCGGGCCUGCCCUACCCGACCAUGGCCUGGUACCACAACGGCAAGCGCAUUGAGAGCAGCGAAGAACGCAAAAUGACCCAGUACAGGGAUGUCCACAGUCUGGUCAUUCGCAGCACUUGUCACGCUCAUGGGGGCGUCUACAAGGCUGUCAUCUCCAACAAAGUGGGCAAAGCAGCCUGCUAUGCACAUCUAUAUGUUACAGAUAUAGUCCCUGACCCUCCCGAUGGCCCACCAGUGAUAGAAGCCAUUACAGGCAAAACUAUCAGCCUCAGCUGGAAGAGACCAAAGAGGCUUGACCCCUCAUUUGAUGCCGGCUCCUUGCUGUAUGUGGUCCAGCAGCAGCCUCUGGGCUCUAUCCAGUGGUCUGUUGUGGCCUCUAACCUGAGGGAGACCAACUACACCGUCACCUCCCUGUCCAAGGGAGUGCGCUACGCUUUCAGAGUCCUGGCAUCCACCGGCAAGACACUGAGCAAACCGUCACCCUCCACUGACCUGAUUCAGCUGCUGGACAGAGGACCCUAUUUGAGGAAAGCACCGGUUAUUUUGGACAAACCAGACAUCUUGUAUGUCGUUGAGAAUCAACCUGCGAGCAUCACCAUCACGCUAAACCAUGUGCAUGCGGUUAUCACCUGGAAAAGGAGGGGGGUGGCGCUGGUCAACAGACCGGGGACGUGUGAGAUGAGCAUGCCAGAUGACGAUCAGCACAUGCUGAAGCUCCAGCGGCUCAGGAGCACAGACAUCGGCCAGUUGGUGGUCACGGCCAGCAACCAGUUUGGCAGUGACCUCUGCACACUUCAGCUGGCCAUGGCAGUGCCUCCUAAGUUUGAAACCAUCAUGGAGGAUGUGGACGUGCACGUCGGGGAGACGUCCCGUCUGGCUGUUGUGGUUGAAGGGAAACCAGACCCAGAUAUUCUGUGGUAUAAGGAUGAUGAGCUUCUCUCUGAAAGCAGCCACUUCACGUUUGUGUACGACGACCCAGAAUAUUCCCUCGUUGUCCUCAAUGCCCGCCCCGAACACUCCGGUGUGUACACCUGCACCGCCAAGAACCUGGCUGGCUCCAACUCCUGCAAGGCCGAACUCACAGUUCACACAGAGCGAAAGGAAGCUGAAGAGCCAAUGGAGGACGAGGGAACCAUCCUGAGGAAGAUGAGGCGUUUGACGGAUUACUAUGAUAUCCACAAAGAGAUAGGGAGGGGCGCCUUCUCCUAUGUGAAGAGAGUGAAGGAGAAGAAGGGAAAGGCUGAGUUCGCUGCCAAGUUCAUUUCUGCGCGAGGAAAGAGGAAAGCCUUGGCCCUCAGAGAGAUGGAGCUGCUGUCUGAGCUGGACAACGAGAGGAUUCUCUACUUCCAUGACGCCUUUGAGAAGAAGGACGUGGUGGUGCUCAUCACAGAGUUAUGUCACGAGGAGUUUCUGGAAAGAAUGGCCAAAAAAACAACAGUCAUGGAGCUGGAGAUCCGCUGUAGUGUUCAGCAGCUUUUGGAGGGUCUUCGUUAUCUUCACCAAAAAAACAUUGCCCACCUUGAUAUAAAGCCAGAAAAUAUUCUAAUGGCAAGUCCCGGGAGUAACCAGAUCCGCAUUUGUGACUUUGGAAAUGCCAUAAAAUUGGAGACUUCAGAGGGGUACUACUGCAAAUACGGCACGCCAGAAUAUGUUGCACCAGAGAUUGUUAAUCAAACUCCCGUCUCCACGGCAACAGACAUAUGGCCUGUUGGUGUCAUCACUUACCUCUGUCUGACUGGUGUGUCUCCUUUUGCCGGGGAGAACGACAGAGCCACCGCGUUGAACAUCCGCAACUACAACGUGGCUUUUGAGGAGAGCAUGUUUUCUGACCUCUGCAAAGAAGCAAAGGGAUUUGUCAUCAAACUUCUGGUGGUGGACAGACUGAGGCCCAGUGCCAUUGAGUGCCUUCGUCAUCCUUGGUUCAAGUCGCCAACGAACAAGAGCAUCAGCACAGCUAUGCUAAAACAAGUCUUGUCUAGAAGGCGGUGGCAGCGUUCCCUUAUCAGCUACAAAGCCAAGAUGAUUAUGCGGUCCAUCCCAGAGCUCCUGAAUGACUCAUCCAGCCACGUCUCCAUAGCUGUGGCCCGGCAUUUAAAAGAAGGCUCCCCACAGCUUUCCUCCUCCUCUGACUCAGAUGCAGAUGUGGAUGAGCUUCCCUUCAUUCCCAUGCCACUGUCCAUGGUCUUUUCUGGUUCCAGGGUCUCCCUUAACGAGAUCCCAGGAGACGAAGAUGUCACUGGAUGGCCCAGUGUGCUUGCAGACGGGACAAGGAAAAAUAUUGAGUUAGCAAGUGCAAGAGGAGGGGCUGGUAAAGGGUUGAAAGAUGAAGAGGAAUCCCCAAAUGGAGAGAAAGUGGAAAAGACAAAACGAGUUCCCCUUAAAAAAGGAUCAAGUGUGGAGUCCGACGAAUCAGAUACAAGAGCAAGGAGGGCGACCAUGAGGAGAGGAAGCUCUGCUGAUUCAGCACUGCUUCUCCACAUUGACCCAGAGGAGGGAAAUGUCAAUGAGGCUUCAGAAGCAAGUAACAAGAGCCUGAAAAAGGCUGUUUCUAUGGAGCUACCCAAUCGCAGCCCAAGCCCCGGGGCAGCGAAGUUAAGCCAGGAGGAUUAUGCCCUAAAACUGGAACUGAUGAGACAGCGGCUGCUCAGGGGAGGAAGCGUGGACAAGAAGAUGAGCGGCCUGCGAGGGCCCUUGUUUGAAACACUGGGCAUGGAAGAUGAGAGGCAGACAAGGUCUCUUGAUAGAAAUCUGAGGAGAUCCAGAGCAGGGCCGUCGACAGUCACCAGAGCAGCGUCUUCUGAUAGUCCUGGAGAGGACAUGCCAAAGACCAAAGUUUUUCGCAAAAGCGCCUCCUUCAGUCAGGGGGAUUCUGAACCCAUGCCGCUGCACCGCAGGUUUGGAGCACCAUUAGAGAUCCCGUCUGUGAGCAAUGAGAGCAUUGAAGGGAAAAAGCUCCAGGAGGCAACCUCAAUGUCGGCACUAACAGAGCUAACAACACCGGAGUCUACAUCUACCUCCCCCACAAAGAGGACUUCCUUUGUACUCCCAACACCAGGAGGGGACCAACAGCAAAAGCAGAGCAUUGUGAAAGUACACGAGGACAUGGAUGGAAUAACAGAGAAAAGGACCAAAAACCAGUUAGAAGUGGCAGAUAAAGUAGAACCCGAGUCUAGAUCACCCUCUGUAAUUACUCCUAUAAUUGUGAUAGAGGAAGAUGAUGAAGAAGAAGAAAGGAAGGAAAGUCAGCAGUUACAUAUUUAUGAAAAGGAUGUGAAGGGAGAAACACCACAAAAUAGUAAACCGUCAUCUGCAUAUGCAAGUGUCAUUCAAGCUGUUGCAGGGCCAGUUCAAACAUCUGACAAGGCCCAAUCCAAAGACCCUUCAGCUACAGCCAAGCCAAGCGGUACGAAGGGCGCAGAUACCCCUACGUUACCUGAACAUCCAGCAGUAUUUGCCAAAGUAGCAACUGUCGACCGAUCCCCUGGUUCUGUUUCCACAUCAUCAAAUCCUGAUCUUCCUGCCAGCCCCCGCCAGCCUGUGCUCAGAUCAGACAUCAAAGACAUCGACUCAGAAGAGGUCUUUGAAGCCAGGUUCAAGAAACGGGAGUCGUCUUUGACCCGGGGACUCCGAAAACUGACCAGAAAUAAAUCAGAAGAGAAGUCCCCGGUACUAAACCGGAAGGCGGUCGAGGGGGGUGAAGAGGUUUACAGGCCGGGUCCAAGGGGGGCACCUCUUGAGAUGGUAUCCAAGGGACUACAGGAGAAAUCUAAAUCUGUUCAAGAUUUAAGAGGAGAAGAUAAGGAAACGGGCCUGGGAAUAAUCGGGAGGUUGUCGUUGCGGAGCAAAAGGUCAGCAUCUGUUGAUAAGAAGGGUGAUAAGCCAAAGGAGGAAAAGCAUCAGAAUGUGCAGGAAUCUGCUGUAAGCAAGAGGGUUUCAUGGGCUAUUGGUCGCAGUAAGUCCCUGGACACAAAGGAGCUGAACAAUAAAGAUGUUGGGGGAAGUCAGAAAGAGCUGGUGCAAAAGGAUCUAAAGAAAGGCACAGAUUCCCCUGUCCUGGCAAUGCGGCACAAGUUCGAGAACAAAGUGGCAGAAAUAUCCACAAAGAUCCGCAGUCAGUCCGAGGAGAGACAAGGAGAUACAGAGGGGAAGAGGACACCCCUGUUUACUCGCCACCGUCAUUCCCAGUCGGAGGGGCGUGGGCUCAAAGGAAUGGGCAUCCCUGAGAAUCAGCUUGCAAAACAAACCGGUGCUGGUGCGUCCAAGGAAUCGAUAGAAUCCACGUCUAGCAUCCAUUCCGAAAAGGCGUCGGAGAGCGACAGGCGAUCACGGUGGGACAGGUGGGGUUUGACAAGGGGCAAGAAAGACAAAACGCCUUCCCAACCCGAUCUGCCCUCAUCCGUCUCCAAGGAGGAGGGUUUGUCAAAAAGCCAGCAGUUUAUCCGCUCCGCUUCGGAUUUUGCUCCAGUGUUCCACAUCAAACUGAGAGACCACAUCUUAUUGGAGGGGGAACCUGUAACUCUCAGCUGCCUUCCAGCCGGAAGCCCGCAUCCAGAAAUCACAUGGAUGAAAGAUCGGAAACCGCUGGAGGUGGAUGACAGAAUCAGCCUGGUCUCCCACCCAGAUGGCAGGCAGCUUCUUAUGAUCAUGAAGUCCAGUCGGAGGGACGCUGGAAUUUAUGAGUGUGUAGCUACCAACCCCAUAGCUACCAUCACCACCUCCUGUACACUCUCCAUAGCGUGUGUCCCAAAACGGCCGGGGACCCCUGAAGUCCCCCAGACUUAUAACAACACAGCCCUGGUGCUCUGGAAGCCAGCAGACACCAAGUCCCCAUGCACCUACACACUAGAAAGAAAAACAGAAGGAGAAUAUAAGUGGAUGACCGUAGCGACUGGAGUUGUUGAUUGCUACUACAAUGUCACAAACCUGCCACCAGAUGGCACCUUUAGGUUCCGUGUCUCCUGUGUCAAUAAGGCCGGACAGGGACCGUACAGCAACUGCUCAGCUCCAGUCCGCCUGGACCCAACAGCUGCAGGCGCGUCACCCGCUGUUGCCGUUGUGAAGACCAUCCCAACCCCGCCUGAACCGGUUGUCACCUCCUCAGUCACCGUGCCUUCACUCAAAGCGGUCCAGAACAGCGCUCCCAGGAUAACUGUCUCCACCAUCACCUUCACCUCCACCUCUCCAAAAGAUUCAGCCGCCCCUGCUGCGCUCCCACUUCUGACUACGUCCCCAUCCAAAAUGGUGGUCACGCCCGCCCGUCCGUCCUCUCUGCCAUUCAGUCCUACAACAAAUCCUUCAUCACCGUCUGUGGGUGCGACGCCCGAGGAGGCUCAAAAAAUGAGCUCCAAUCUUCCCUCUUCACCCACAGUCAAAGCACCUCCACCCUUUGUCCUCCCCAAACCCCAGAGUCCAAUAAACGUAGUGACCCCUAUGACCCAGACCCCACCCAUAUCACCCCCACCUCCUCUUGUAACACCACCUUCAAACCCCACAAAACCAGCAGUGGCGUCUGUGCCCAUGUAUGUCCCCACCACCACUGUCACUGCUCGUGUGGCCCCAACUCCCGUCUCCUUUGCCCCCCAAGUGCUCCAGGCGUCCAGCCUGAGCCCCAUCGGUGAAGGGGCCAGUACCCCCACCAGAGUCACCCCAUCUGGACACACUAUGACCUCCUCCGUUCUACGACAGGGGGUUCCACAGAAACCCUACACUUUCCUGGAAGAGAAAGCAAGGGGUCGAUUUGGAGUGAUCCGCGAGUGCAGAGAGAACGCAACAGGCAAAAUGUACAUGGCAAAGAUCAUUCCCUACAGUCAGGAGAACAAGCAGGAAGUCCUGAAGGAGUAUGAGAUCCUGAAAUCUCUUCACAGUGAAAAGGUCAUGGCUCUGCACGAAGCCUACGUCACACCGCGCUACCUGGUGCUGGUGGCGGAGUACUGCACCGGCAAAGAGCUGCUGUACAGCCUCGUGGACAGGUUCCGCUACUCUGAGGACGACGUGGUGGGUUACCUGGUCCAGAUCCUCCAGGGAGUCGAGUACCUCCACAAUCGGCGCGUCCUCCACCUCGACCUCAAGCCAGACAACAUCAUGGUGACCAACCUCAACGCCAUCAAGAUUGUGGACUUUGGGAGUGCUCAGAGCUUCAACCCUCUCAGCCUCAAACACGGGGACUCAGAAGCAGGAACACUGGAGUACAUGGCUCCUGAGAUGGUGAAAGGGGAAGUGGUUGGUCCUCCUGCAGAUAUUUGGACUAUUGGAGUUGUCAUCUACAUUAUGCUUAGUGGUCGACUGCCCUUUGAAGAUAAAGACCCUCUAAAAGUCGAAUCUAAAAUCCUGAUGGCGAAGUUUGACCCAGCAAAACUGUACCCAAAUGUGUCCCAAAGUGCCUCUGCCUUUCUCAAGAAGAUGUUGAGCAGUUACCCAUGGGCCCGUCCUACUACACGAGACUGCUUCACGCACGCCUGGCUGCAGGAUUCCUACCUGAUGAAGCUGAGGAGACAAACGCUCACCUUCACCUCCAGCAGACUCAAAGAGUUUCUGGUGGAACAACAAAGCUGUCGCACAGAGGGCGCCACAAAGCACAAAGUGCUGCUGCGCACCUACCAGAGCUCGCCCCAGUCCCCGGCGUCUGGGACUGCACCGCAUGUUCCCAGCCCAAAGUGAAAUGACGGUGGAAAUGCUGCACCAGACGUGACUUUGCAGAGUCUGAUCUGCACACAGUGAAGCAAAAUAACAACUUUUUCCAUCUCAAGUCCUCUGUGAAUUACCGCUGCAUGAAAAAUGUCAGCCUGCCAAGUGAGGCACAGGUAAACACACAGGGGACAGGCAGACAGCUGGAUAUGGCUAAAAUAUCCAAAGAAAAGACAGUCUGCGUGUUAUUUUGGGAGAAUUCAACAUUCAACACUAAUGGGAUUCUGAGAUGAAACGACAAUGCAAAGAGAAACGGAAAGAGAAGCCCGACGUCUGAAUUGUUGAAGUUCAGAACUGCUCAUAAAGUUUUAAUCCACUGAAAGGACACAGGAUGUUCUUUGGUUUUCUUUGAUUGCACAAUUUCUCAGUCAUAUUGUGAAUUUUGAAAUUGCACAUUAUUAUUUGGUUUAGAUGAACACUGGUCUCCAUUCUGCACGAUCAGCCACUGCGCAACCUUGUUUAUGUCACUAAAUUUAGUAGUAGACAACUCAUGUGAAUGUACCAUGAUUUAAGCUGCUAAUUAAUUUUUGCAUUUACUUACACAUUUUAAAACUCAAAGCCAAAAAUAUUCUUUUGUUCUUGAAAUUGUUUACUUUUUCAUGUUAAUUUAUUUGCAUGUGUGUGUGUGUGUGUGUGCGCAAGCAUUUUUGAUUCACUUCUCGAAUUGGCGUCGAGGCAAAAAAAUAAAAAUAAGGAGUGUCUUUGUGAUUGGUGUUAGGAUUCACACAGUAAAAAUGAACUGUUUUAGGAUGAGCUAGGAAUUUGUGGUACAACUUCUUGUUCUGUGGUUAAUACUGAUCUCUAACUGUAAUACGACUAUGAAAAGCAGUCUGUAAUGUAGAUAACGUUUUAGUUUGAAAAGUCAUGCACACUGGUAAAUUACUGUUGUUUCUCAGUAUUGCCCAUUGGUUGGUCAGUCAGCCCAGUCAGUGCCUGAAUCGGAUUAACAUCCAAAAUAUUUAUCUUGUCAAUGCCUCCAUUGGUUCUAAUUCACAAUUGAAUUAUUUGAACAAAGCAAAAAUUUGACUACAAUAUUUGGACUUUACAAGAACAGACAGAUGCAUAUAGAUUCUUAAAUACAUGCACACAUUUAUACAUGCAUACAUACAGUACAUGCAGUCCUUGUAAUAAUAGAACGUCUUGUGUAUUGCUCUAUCACAGUGUUCUUUUUUGUAUGAAUUUGGACGGUUGAAGAUUUGUAAAUGUACCAAUUUGCGGUGUUUAUAUGUGGAAAAAUUGAAAAUGUUUUUAUGAGAUAGUAUGUAAUA